CAAAUCUCUGUCUCGCCUUUUCUCCAAGGGAACAUGAUCAUGUGUCGCUUCAGACUGAAUCUUGAAGAUAUGCAACACACUUCCCACAUUUUCUAGCAAACACUUCAUCUUAAAACCUCUGCGCUUGCUGUUGUAACACAGCGGUCAUACAGGAAAAAAAGGAUAUAAAAAGAGCGAGCGCACUUCCUAUUAUCAUGUUGGGUAGCGGUAAGAAAGCUGGGACGUCAGAAUCAAAGACACACGACCCUCUGAAGGAUUUGGGUGUUGAGAAUGAUGAAGAUGUGAAGCGGAUGCUGAAGGGUUCCAGCAUGGUGAAGGUUCGAUCACCUCGCUGGCAGAAAAGACGUACUCUCAAGCUCCUCGAUGAUGGGGUGACUAUCUGGUGCCAGUCCAACAAGACCUCCAGCAGGGCCAAGGAACUACAGUCCUUCUCAGUAACAGAUGUGGAGUGUGUGCGUGAGGGCUGCCAGUCGGAGACCUUACGACGUGCAGCAGACUCGGUCCCAGAGGGCCAGUGUCUGACAGUGGUCUUCAAGGGCGGCAGGAAGAGCCUAGAUUUGCGUUGCCAGAGCGAUGAAGAAGCAAGGCAGUGGGUCCGUGGCAUUCGCACCCUCCAGGAACGUGCAGAAAACAUGACCCAGAAGGAAAAGCUUGACCAUUGGAUUCAUGGUUACCUGAGACGGGCCGACCAGAACCACGAUGGGAAGAUGAGCUACGAGGAGGUUCAGACCUUGCUGCAGAUGAUCAACAUUGACCUCAGUGAACAGUAUGCAUCCACCCUGUUCAAGAAGUGUGAUCGCUCCCUGGACAACCGCCUGGACCACAAUGAGAUAGAAAUGUUCUGCCGGGAGAUGCUACGACGACCUGAACUAGAUGCAGUGUUCCAGGGCUACUCAUCUAACGGAUGUGUUCUCUCUACCGUGGACCUGAGAGGAUUCCUGAAGGACCAAGGAGAGGAUGCCUCUGUAGCCCAUGCUCAGAGUCUAAUCCUCACCUAUGAGCUCAACGAGUGGGCUCAAAAGAACCACUUCAUGACACCUAAUGGUUUCACCAUGUACAUGCUGUCCCACGAGAAUGCUGUGUUUAACCCUGAUCAUGCAAGGAUCUACCAGGAUAUGACCCGGACCUUGGCCCAUUACUUCAUUUCCUCCUCGCAUAACACCUACCUCACUAAAGACCAGCUGACCGGGGACAGCAGCACAGAGCCUUAUAUCAGGGCCCUGAACCAUGGCUGUCGUUGUGUAGAGCUAGACUGUUGGGAUGGUGAUAAAGGAGAACCAGUUAUCUUCCAUGGUCACACACUAACCUCCAAAGUGUUGUUCACAGAUGUCAUUGAGACUAUAGCAGAGUACGCCUUUAAGAGCUCUCCCUAUCCUCUGAUCCUUUCCCUGGAGAACCACUGCUCAGUGGAGCAGCAGACAGUGAUGGCCCGACAUCUGCGCUCCAUCCUUGGAGACCGGCUGCUCACCAAGCCCCUCAACGAAGAGCAGCUCCAGACUUUACCCUCACCAGAGGCUCUUAAGGGAAAGAUUCUAGUGAAAGGGAAGAAGAAAAGUGUGACGGAGCUGCAGAGUUCUUCCAGUUCCUCAGACGUCAGUUCCUCAGAAGAAGAGAGCUCCCGGGCAGACAGGAAACACAAGAGGAGCGCAGAGGAGAAGAAGCCACGUGUCUCAAAGCUGAGUGCAGAACUGUCAGAGCUGGUGGUAUAUACUCGCAGUGUUUCCUUUAAAGGUUUUGAGGUCAAGAAACUACCAACUGAGAUGUCCUCCUUCUCAGAGAGUGAGGCCCUCAAACAUAUCAAAGACUCAGGGAAGUAUUUUGUACGUCACAACAGUCAUCAGCUGAGUCGGAUCUACCCCUCAGGCCAGCGCCUCCAGUCUUCCAACUAUGACCCACAAGAAAUGUGGAAUGGAGGUUGCCAGAUUGUGGCAUUAAACUUCCAGACUCCAGGUGAACAGAUGGACUUGAACCAGGGGAGAUUCACACCCAACGGCCUUUGUGGCUAUGUCCUCAAACCGUCCUUCAUGUGCCAGCCUGACUGUAACUUCAACCCAUACAAUACUGGGGGUGGGCCUGGCCACAACCCCAUCCAUCUCACCAUACAGGUUAUCUCGGCCCAGCAGCUUCCUAAACCAGAGUGGGACAAGCCCAGCUCGAUAGUGGACCCUUGGGUGUGGGUGGAAACACAUGGUGUCCCUAUAGACAACAACAAGGAGAAGACCCAUCGCAUUGAUAACAACGGGUUUAACCCUCGGUGGGACUGUACUUUCAACUUCACUCUUCACGUGCCUGAACUCACAUUGGUACGCUUUCUGGUAGAAGACCAUGACUACACUUCCAGAAACGACUUCCUGGGGCAGUUUAGCCUGCCCUUUUCCAGCAUGCGCACAGGUUACCGACAUGUUCCCCUGAGGAAGGUUGAUGGCUCCAGCCUGUCCCCCAGCUCUCUCUUCAUUCACAUCAAGGUCACUCCCUGCCACAGCAGCCCCACCAAGAGCCCCACUGCUGAGAAGUCACCAUCUAAAUUACCAGCCAAAAAUACUUAAUGUGUACACCCUGAUUGUGUCAGACUGUUGUGAGAAAUUCCGAAUUUUACUAAUAUGUGACACACUGGUGAAAAGGGGCCAUUGUCAGCCAAGGUCAUUUCUCAGUUUUUUAUAGAUUGUUAAAGUGCAAAUUGUAAGACUUCGAAUUAUGUGUCAGACAUUGAAAUCAGAAAAUAGUUGAAGAUUUGCGUAUCUGAAUGUUAAUAAACCUGGAAUGUUCUAGUAGAGAAAUCCCCCCCAAAAGCGCCGGUCAUUUCACUGCAUUGAAAAGAAAAAAAUUAUAUCUUCACACUCGAUCAAAUUCCAGGGUCCUGCUUUCUUAACUUACACUAGAUAUGUUUUAUCACCCAGUGGUUUUUUAUUUUCAAAAUCACAUCAGGAAUAGGUAGUUUAAAGCUAUUUUCCUCCUGUUUCUUUUCAAUUGCUGCUGGCAAUUUUCAAGGCUGCGAUUCGCUUUUCUAUGUUGCAAGGACUCCCUUGCACAAAUAUGUAAUUCAGACGGUUAUAACCUAAAUAAGAUUUAUAUUUAUAACUAAAUAUGUAUAGACUAUGCAAAAGGAUUUUUUCAACAAUUUUAUUGAAUUCUAUGAAGUUCACUACAUAGCCAUUUGUGUGUAGACAGGUAAGUGCAAUUCGUAUGUUAUGACAUUGGCGGCAACAAUAAUUGUAAUGGUAAAACGAAGUAGCCUAUGUUUUGUUAAUUGCAUACACAUAACAAACAUUUACCUUGACCUGUACGAUGGCCUCAGGCUCGACAGAACCUGACACUUUGCCAAUUUUGACUUUAAAAAAGAUGCUGCGCAGUGUCAAGUAUUGUGCAAAACCUGCCUGGCUAACGUUGCUACCUCACCGGGCAACGCCACCAACCUAAUUUGGUCUUAAAAAACAACACAAAGCCAUGUAAGAUGCAUUGCUAAAAUGCUGAACACCAGUGUGUCAAAUAAGCCUAAUAACCCCCGACAGGAUCACUGAUCAAAAUGUUUCAAAGCCUAACUCCAUAUUCAUGUAUGAAAUUACUCAAGCAAUAACAGCGUUAAUCACAAAAUAUAUGAUGCCCCUCGGUGAUACACAUACAGUAGGAUCACUAUGGCUGUCAGUGCCAUUAUGUUUCUGUUAAGCUACUGACUGGACCAGAAAUGUUCAGACAGUGUUUCAUUUUCUUUUAAGAUUUAACCUUUAGAUGCGUGAGUUCUAAAUAUUUCUGACGGUCCCCAGAGCGCAACCCACAUGUUAUUACGUUUAGCUUUGAUUUACCAACAUAUUUUUGAUGAGGUAGGCUACAGGCGGUAUGUUUUCCUUAAUUUUUCUGAACUUUGUGUGUUAUGUUGCAGACCGGAGAUCAGUAGUAGGCAAUAUAGCCUAUCUAUAUUUAUGAAUAAUAAAUCAUGUAAUAAUCGCAUAUUAAAUCGCAAUUGCAAUAUUAGUCAAAAUAAUCGCAAUUUGCUUAUUUUCCGAAAUCGUUCAGCCCUAGUAUAAAUGAGUCAAGUGAGUUACAAUAAAUGAGUGAAUGAGUAUUCUACAACAUAUUAGAAAGCUAAAGGAAAUGUAGGCCUAUUAUUGAUGUGGUGAAAGAACUGUGUAAGCAUUGGAAUGCUUGGAAUGUUGACGGUAUCUUGACUUGAGUAGACUAUACGUUGAAGGGAACUUGAGGGACAGAUUGACCAAGGCCACUUCAGUUUCCGACCUUGCCUUGGUUGCGUGCAAGAAGCUAUGAUCUACCGAUCAUUAAGGGACCAUUGACCCCCUAUUUGCGCUAAAAGUAGCCUAGGGAAAACCGUCUGCACUGUGAUACAAAUCAAAGCUACAUCAUGCAUGAUGCGCCCAGACCUCAACUGGAAGCUUAAGUAAACAAGAACAAAUUAUGAGUAUUUAGUGAUCCUAAACAUGUUGUUUAUUAUGUUGAGUGAUUUACAACUGAACCGAACAUUAAACUUUUGUAAUAUGCAAGAAAAGUGAAACCGUAAAAAAACAAAACGGAAUGCUGACAACGGCACCUUUUUCACCAGAGCAAGUCACAUAUGGUUGCCUGAUUCUUCAUGAUUUUUUUUCUCCUAAAUUCUAGGAAAGUUACGUUCCAGGAUUCAUAUAUCCCAUUAAAGUAGGGAUAGUUUGAUUCAAACAAAUUUUGACACCUCAGAAUAGAUCUUAGAGAGCAUGAUUGUGGCUCAUUUUAGCACUUACCUAUGUACUGUAUCUAGUGUUCUUUAUGCAAUAAUUUGAAGUAUUAAUACUGUCCUUGUGUCAGACUGCUUGACUGAUUUUCUUGAAGUCUUGAAACCAAACCAUUCUCCUAAAAGUAUCCUGGGUGAAUGGGCCUGUUGCAUGUGCACCUCAUCUAUCCCAGUAUGCAUUUCAUGUUACCAUGCAUGUAAAAAGAUGUCUGGUUUGUCAAUAUGAAGAAUGCUUUUUGCUCGUAAUACAAACUUUCAAAAGAAAUUUUAUCUGAUGAUAUUACAAUAGGACUAAGGACUAUUUUAAUGAUACUCUGUUAUACAAGUUACAGGUCAAUCAACAAUGAUCAAACAUCAGGUUCUUGAAAGAUUGCUAUCUGUUAUUCACUGAGUGUAAACUAUCCAUAUUUAUAUACAUUUUUGAGUUGUUAAGGCUACAUAUGCACUACAUUAUGUUUAGGUAAUGGCAGUAAUAGUUACCAAUAGAAACCAGGGUUCAAGCUUUUUUAUUAUAUAUAAACAGAAUUAUAUAAUUACUUAAUAUACACUACAAUAUGUCCUAUGCUGUGCUGAAGUUAGUAAAGUUAUGUGAGCCCAGGGUUUUUUGUCUAUUUUUAAGAUUGAAAAUUAAGUUUAUAAUUUGAUUAGAAGCUAUAUUUUUUGUUACAGUAAAAAUGUUGGUGUUAGCUUACUUUUGUAAAAUAACCUAGUACAUACAAAGUUUUUGUACUGUG